AUGGCCGAAAGUCCUCCUUUGAAUGUUGAAUAUAAAUUUAAUACUGAUCACAAUAACAAUUGUAUAUUAGAAGAUAUAAACAAAAUUCAAGAUUACUUAGAAUGUUCAAAGAAAAAUUUCGAAGACCGCUUAAAACAACAACCAAUGGACGAAUCAUCGUUUCACGAUUUCAUAUUGCAUAAGACUAUUGGCGUGGGUGCUUUUGGACGUGUUAUGUUAGUCAACCACAAAUUGCAUCCCAAUAAAUUUUUAGCUAUGAAAAUAAUGAAAAAAGAGCAAAUCUUAAAGAGAAAUUAUUUACAACACGUAGUGAAUGAAAAACAGCUAUUAUCAAACUUACGCCAUCCGUUCAUUAUACAAAUGGAGUAUUGUGCGAAGGACAUGUGCAACCUUUAUUUUAUUAUGCCGUUUAUUGUAGGGGGAGACUUAUUCAGCUUAAUGAGCGAACGAGGCGUACUAGACGAAGUGCAUGCCAUGUUUUAUGCGGGGCAAAUGGUCUUAGCACUUGAAUACUUACAUUCGUUGGAUAUACUUUAUAGAGAUUUGAAACCAGAAAAUGUGUUGAUUGAUGAAGUUGGUUUUAUAAAAUUAACAGAUCUUGGAUUAAGCAAGCGUAUAACCUCCAAUCGAACAACUACUCUUUGUGGUACUCCGUACUACUUGGCACCCGAAAUCAUAGCAAUCAAAUCGUAUGGAAAACCGGUUGACUGGUGGGCAUUGGGCAUAAUUUUGUUUGAAAUGGUUGCUGGAACAGUGCCAUUCAAUGCCGAUAGUGAAAAAAAACUGUUCUAUAGAAUCUUGAGCGGCACUUACAAAAUGCCAAUCAAUUUUUCUCCAAACCUUUCACAUCUCGUGAAAAACCUACUACGAGUUGAUCUCUCAAAAAGAUAUGGAAACUUAUCAAAAGGAGUUAGUGAUAUUAAAUACCACCGAUGGUUUAUAAAACUAGAUUGGAUUAUGUUGUAUAAUAAGAAUAUGGUGGCUCCAUUCAUACCAACUUAUAAUAGUCCAUCAGAUACACAUAACUUCGAAGUCUAUGUAGAAGAAGACGCUACUGUUGUGUGUGCCGGAGUUGAUCAAACUUAUUUUGAUGAUUUUUGA